AUGUACGAGCCACAGCAACUACAAGAACAGCAACAACAGCAGCAGCAACAAAUUUCAAGUGAUAAUUGUUGCUGUCAAAGUGGAACGCAAAAUGUUGCCGCUGCCAGCGCUUUGAGCAGCGCAUUGGCAGAGACGCCAGCAGCGAGCAGCAGCAGCAACAACUGCAGCCGCUUGCAGCAAUUGAUAUCAACGCCUCCAGUAUUACUGCGCAGAUCGUCGCUAACGACGACGCAGGCAUCGACGUCGACGUCGACAUCAACGUCAACGUCAGCAUCGGCGUUGCCGCAACACCCACACGCUGUUGCUGUGAGCACGCCAACGCCAACGCCGCCGCCACCGCCGUCGCCACCAUCGCCACAGCAGCAGCAACAGCAGCAGCACCCGCAGCAACAAGCGGCAGCAACUUCAGUUUUGCAACAACAUUUGGGUCACCUGAAUUACGAAAGUGGAGCAACUGCAGCAGCAGCAGCAGCAGCAGCAGCAGCGGCAGCAACAAGAAGUGGCACAGCAACACUGGCGCAACAUUUGGCAACACCCAGCAGCAUAUUGCAGGCUGCUUUCAGCAACAACAACAGCACCAACAACAGCAACAACUAAAACUAUAGACAGUCC